GAUGCCGCGUCCGGCAUGGCCAGCUGGGUGUUCUGUAAUCGCUGCUUCCAGCCGCCGCACCGCACGUCAUGCUUCAGCCUGACCAACUGCGGCCACGUGUACUGCGACGUCUGCCUGGGUAAAGGUGGCAAAAAUGAGUGCUUGAUUUGCAAAGCCCCUUGUCGCACAGUUUUCCUUUCAAAACAUACUGACGCAGAUAUCCAGGCGCUGUUCAUGGGCAUAGAUGGCCUGUGUAAGAAGUACUCAAGAGAGACCUGCCAGAUUUCAGAAUUUCAAGAGAAGCACAGAAAGAGACUCUUGGCCUUCUAUCGAGAAAAGAUCACAAAGUUGGAGGAGUCCCUUCGGAGGUCAGCAUUGCGGAUGGAACAGCUACAGGGGAUGAGAUUGUCACAGCAAACAGCUUUCAGCGCAGUAAAAACUCCAGUUUCAACUCCUUCAGCAAAGCCAGACGGACACCUGCUCCUGCCCCCUGACACGUCAGCCUCUGACAGAGUGGAGUCCAUGCAGAUUGACCAUACUCCUUCCCUGGUAAGAAAAGUAAGUAUCCGUGUCCCUGGGCUGCUUGUCCCCCACACAGCGUCCUUUCAUGGUUUUCCUUGGUGCCCAGAACAUAAGCCUUCACCUAACGGAUGGAUCACAGCGGGGUCUCUUGUCGUGGGCUGUGCUGAGGGGAGAGCCCGCUGGGGUGUGGUUGGUAGCAUAGUUCCUGGAUGGCCCUUCAAAGAGCAGGGCCGGGACUGGCUGAAGGACAGGGAGCAGACGGGCAGGCAAGAUGGAAGUGAGGCUGCAUCAGGCUCAGCCCCAUCCAGCCAAGUACAAACGUGGAGGGUUUUGAGGAGUGCAGGAGAGAGACCAGAGCAGAGGAAGCUUGGGGCUCAGGCCUGGCCCAGCUCGAGGUGGGCCAGACUGCCCCCCACCCCCCAGCCAGACACAGCUCAGAAAGGGGAAGCUGGUCCCCAGAGGGAGGUUCCUGCUGCCCAGAGAGGGAGUGAGCGGGUCAGGAGAGUGGCCCGGUCUGGUGCGCACGGGCUCCUUGGUGUUGGGGCGUCACGGGUCAGGGGCAUAGCAUCUAGUGCUUCUUGUUCAUGGCCUCCCAGUCGCCCUGUGAGGCGCACGUGGGUGUUGGGGCUGCUCAGUGAAAAGUAGCACUCAUUUCCAAGGGGGCCACCCUGGAACUGUAUUAAGGAAGCAUCCAGAUUCCAGGAUGAGCAGGUGGGAAGACAGAGCCAUUCAGAGCUGGGACAGAGGAGACACCCAGUGCUUAGCUCGCGCCAGACUGUUCUCCCCACUCCGCCACCCCACUGGCCAUCACUGCAACCCACAUCAUACCCUGGAUGGAGACUGUGGAUACGCUGCCUCCUGCUCUCUGGGUCCUAGCAACUGCCCCACCUGCUGGUCUCUGCUCCCCAGAGUCUGGACCCUGAGCCUCCCCAACAUGUGGCCUUGUUUUGGAGAUUGAGACUGAAAGCCUCUGCGGACUCGCAGGUCACUGGCUGCUAGAGCCAAGGGACCAGAACACAGGAAACCAUCUUGAAAUUGCAGAGUGAGGUGCCAGACCGAUGGGAGCACCUGCUGCCAUCAGGGUGGGUGGGGGACAGAGAGGCUCUGCACAGAGGUCUCCAGGACACAGGCUUCCAGGCUGGAAAUGAGCCGCUGCUAGUGCAUCAGGGACGGGCCUUGGGCUGCGGUUUGCCCGGCCUUUGCCGGAGCAGAAUACAGAACCGAGUUGUCUACUGUGUGGACCCUGCCAGGCCAGUCCAGCCACCCUGGGAGCGGGUGCACAUUGGGUGCACACGAGGGUGCCUUGGCCAGAGCUGCUAUGUGCAUCCAGUGGGGGCAGGGUGAGCACCGUCUCCUGGGAGACCUGGUCCGGGCGGUGGUGGGUUGGGGGGAGGGC